GAACGUAAAUGGGGGUAGACACUGCACUGCUGACGAUUCCUUCACGUGAUGGGUGAUGGGUGAUGGGUCCUAUAAAACGCAAACUCACUUGAAGUGAAUGUAGACGCCAUUCUGCACCGAGUCCAAGUUUCUUCACCAGAACUUCUAAACACAUCCAUGGCAACUGCCGGCGUUCAAGAAGUUCGUGUUCCCCCGCUAACUUCCACCUCAGAGCCACCUUCGCUCUUUGACGGAACCACCAGGUUGUACAUAAGUUAUGUUUGUCCCUUUGCGCAGCGUGUUUGGAUCACUCGGAACUAUAAGGGACUACAAGACAAGAUUAAACUGGUUCCUAUCGAUCUUCAAAAUAAGCCUGCUUGGUAUAAGGAGAAAGUCUAUCCUGAAAGCAAGGUGCCAGCAUUGGAGCACAAUGGAAAGGUCGUGGGAGAAAGUAUCGAUUUGAUCAAAUAUGUAGAUGACAACUUCGAUGGGCCAUCUGUUAUUCCCAGUGAUCCUGCCAAGAAAGAGUUUGGUGAGCAGUUGAUUUCCCAUGUUGAUACAUUCACCAGAGAGUUGUAUACUUCAUUGAAAGGAGAUCCUAUACAACAAUCCAGUCCUGCCUUUGAUUACUUGGAGAAUGCUCUUGGUAAAUUUGAUGAUGGGCCAUUCUUUCUUGGUCAAUUUAGCUGGGUGGAUAUUGCCUAUGUUCCGUUUGUUGAAAGAUUCCAGCUUGUCUUUUCUGAGGUGUUCAAGCAUGAUAUUACAGAAGGAAGGCCUAAACUUGCAGCAUGGAUUGAGGAAGUGAACAAGAUUAGUGCUUAUACACAGACAAGAGCUGAUCCUAAGGAACUCGUUGAUAUUUUCAAGAAACGUUUUUUGGCUCAACAGUGAAAACUGGGUUGCAUUGGGCGUCGUCUAAGAUGUAGAUCGUUGACAAUAAAGUGUUGUGUGUUUAUGGGAUGUUUUUAAGUCAAAUGUUGGGUUGUCUGCUACAGUUCUGCAAAUAAUUGGAUUUCGAUGUUGGUAUGUUUAUCUACCAACCAGCUUGUCAAAUGUUUGCCUUCCUUUUAAUACUGAGUGGCAAUGUAUUAUCCUACGGUUGUUAUUAUAUUUGUAUAUGUAAUCUCGAAUCGUCAUAAAUUAAUCGUCUUUUUAAUUUUUAUA